AUGGAUGCUAUUGCUAUUAUCGGCUUUGCCGACCAAGUUUUCAGCACAUCUCUAAAGAUGUACGCCAUCAUCUCCGGAGCUUCUCAGUUUGGAGAGGAACAAGACAUGCUCUUCUGGAAGUUUCAGCUAGAGUGUCUCAAGUUCAAAGUCUGGCAUGACAAUCUCACUACAAGCAAUGACGACCCUAAGGCGCUAGACAUGGCGCUGUUGGAACAAGGCGAGCAGGUUCGUCAAGUCGUUGUCGGGGCUCUUCAGAGGAUUUACAAAAUUCUCAACGAUGCCAUGCACCUCUACGAUAAAUACGGCCUUGUGUUUAUCGACAAGCCUUCAGAUGGUAUGAACUUGGCCGAGGUCAAAGUCUUGAGCAGUAACAUCUUUGUCAAAGAGCCCGAAGUCAGUGCCAAAAAUGCCCAAAAGGCUGUUAGUUUCUGGAAAAGAUGUAAAUGGCAGAUUAAAGACAAAGAGAAGUUUGGCGCACUACUAAAGGACUUAUCUGAUCUCAACAACGAUUUGAACGACAUUUUCCCAUCUCGGAUGCGCAACUUCCUUUCAGAUGUUGUUGUCUCCCUCCUCAUUAGCUCGUCUAAAGUUCCGGCUCUCGACUCAGCUGUAAAGGCGCUCACUCAAGGGGAUGGCGGUAAAAACCUGAACUCUUCGGGAUCUUAUCCAUUGACCACCAAGCCAACUGAUUACGCCAGGGCGUCAGUCGAGAAAUUGGCAGCUAUCAAGCGCUUGGCAGAGGCUCUGAGUAUCAACGAUACCGGUCCCUCGAGCAAUGGCAGACAGUUCUCGGUACUAGCCGAUGAUCCAAACAAGUUGAAAACAGCAUUUCUAGCCUCAAAAGCUAGCCAGGGUGGUACCGACUUCCCACCACUAGAGAAUGGGUUCUAUCAGGAGCAACCAGUUCUUGUGGAAUGGAAGAAGUAUGAUCGUACAAUGCCCUACCGUGAACGGCAGAUCAUCAAAAACCGAGUUGACAAGCUGGCUAUCUUCUUGAACAAGACAAAACCGAACGACUUUUGCAUCCCUGAGUGCACAGCAUAUCUGCACGUGGAUGACGAAUCGAAAUUUGCAUUUUUAUACCGUCUGCCAACCUUGGCUGCCGACCAGACAAAAUGGACAACUUUGCGCGAUGUGUUUGACAGGCCAAGUCCCACACUAAGCGACCGUUGUAGCCUGGAAGGCCGUUAUCUCAUUGCUCAGACCCUCGCCAGAUCCCUUCUUCAACUUCAUGUCUGCGGCUGGGUUCAUAAGGGGAUCCGUUCCUCCAACAUCCUGCUAUUCCCCAAGUCAUCAGCAUCGAUAAAAAAUCCGGAUCAAUCUUUGUUGGAUGAACGGUAUGAUUUCUCUGCACCUCUUGUGGUUGGCUUCGGAUACUCUCGUCCCGACAAACCAGAUGAAGAAACGGUCGAGCGAUCUAGCAAUCCGCGCCGAGCGGAUGACCAUGAUCUAUACCGGCACCCCAAGCUUAUUCCAACUUCAGCUUCUUAUAGAAGUGGUCCCCGGUUUAAAAAACAGUUUGAUAUAUAUGCACUAGGGCUUGUGCUUUUUGAGCUAGCUUUUCAAAGCCCGCUUGUCAACUUUCACCGUGCAAGGGAUACCCCAGAGAGCUUUCUAGCCAGACUACGUAGCUGGUAUGUGCCGCAACUCGCAUCGAAUAUGGGCACAAGAUACAGAGAUUGUGUCGAAUAUUGUCUUGGCGUUGUGGAUAAAGAACGAAUUGCCCUGGGAGUACAAUCAGGCACUGACCUGCUUUCAAACCAAAGCGGGGAUGAUAUCCAACUGGACCAACUUACUGAGUUUUCCCGCAAGGUGGUCUUGCCCUUGGGAAGAUAUAUCUAA